AUAUCGUAUUAGUUUAAAAACAUCAUGAAAAUAAUAUUUUCUUUUUGUGACGAAACGUAUCAUACGUUGCCUACAAUAUGAGUGCUUAUUUUACCGAACAGACUCAGCAGUUUAAGCAGUUCCUUAUUUAAAUGAUGCCAAUCAAAGUCACGUUUUCAAUCAUUAAUAAAUGGGAAUGAAAGCAUGAUUUACCGGUACAUCAUAUAGGAUUGUGCUAGGUCCCUUGCCGAAUCACUGACAAUGUUGUGACAUCACAUUCUGACCCUCGUUGAACGUGAUGAAAAUGGACGGUGACACCAUCACAUACUCACUAGAUACGGGUCAACCCAUGAAGGAAAAGCUUGAUGGAUUUUCAGCGUUUGAAAAGCCCCGGGAGACGGAAAAGCUCAUAUCGGAACAGUAUCGAAUGAAAAUCCGGUCGUCCGUGAAAUCCACUUUUCAAGGCCAUGUUUACAACUUCCUUGAGCGUCCUACAGGGUGGAAAUGUUUUGUUUACCAUUUCAUUGUGUUUAUGAUGGUGCUGAUAUGCCUGAUAUUUAGUGUCCUCUCCACCAUUGACCAGUAUGCCAUCUUUGCAAACGAGACACUCUUCUGGAUGGAAAUUGUUUUAGUGGUGUUUUUCGGUGUGGAGUACGCGGUGCGUUUGUGGUCUGCCGGAUGUCGCAGCAAAUAUAUAGGACUCUGGGGACGGUUCAGAUUCGCCAGAAAGCCCAUUGCCAUUAUUGAUUUUCUGGUCGUCACAGCAUCUGCAGUUGUGCUGGCUGUAGGAUCCAAUGGUCAAGUGUUUGCCACCUCAGCCAUCAGAGGUGUGAGGUUCCUACAGAUUCUGCGUAUGCUUCACGUGGACCGUCAAGGGGGCACCUGGCGACUGCUUGGCUCAGUGGUCUACAUUCACAGACAGGAGCUGAUUACAACAUUGUACAUAGGGUUCCUAGGACUCAUUUUCUCCUCAUAUUUCGUCUACCUGGCAGAGAAAGAUCAGGGUGCUGACUCAGGCUCAAACUUUAACAGCUAUGCUGAUGCCCUUUGGUGGGGUGUGAUAACAGUUACAACGAUCGGUUAUGGAGACACAGUUCCCCAGACGUGGAUGGGUCGCAUUGUAGCCUCAUGUUUCUCUGUCUUUGCAAUAUCAUUCUUCGCUCUUCCAGCUGGUAUUCUGGGCUCAGGAUUUGCCUUAAAAGUGCAGCAAAAGCAACGACAGAAGCACUUCAACAGACAGAUACCCACGGCAGCCUCACUUAUACAGAGUAUGUGGCGUUGCCACGCGGCCGAGCCAAGCUUCCGGUCUGAAGCCACGUGGAGAGCUCAUCUGAGUCAUCACCACUCGCACCUGUUCACCUCCAGUGGUGGCGUGAACAACCCUCUGUCUAGAAUGGCGAAGCGCGCCAGCUUGCUCACACGCAGACUUUCCGCACAUAAGUUGAACCAUAGGGAAAGUCAGCCAGCUUUGAGAAGUGAAGGUCAAGGCACAGAUGCAGGGGAUGAUGAUGGUGAUGAUAUGGAAUAUCACCCGGUGUCAAAGCCUUAUCAAUUAACAGAAUCUCAAAAAAGCAUGCUUCGGGUGAUACGAAAAAUCAAAUUUUUUGUAGCAAGAAGAAAAUUUCAGCAAGCACGUAAACCUUACGAUGUUCGUGAUGUGAUCGAGCAGUACUCGCAGGGUCACCUCAAUAUGAUGGUGAGGAUCAAGGAGCUCCAACGCAGGCUGGACCAAACACUUGGAAAACCAAGUUAUGUAGGAAAUGCACGCGAAAAAGACAGAGUUACUAUCAGCGCCCGCUUAGAAGUGAUUGAGCAUCAGGCAUGCAAAAUGGAUAGAAAAUUAGAUCAGACCCUUGUCUUACUUAAUCAGCUCACUAAACCUCUACCGCACAACACCCGGGGCCGAAAAGCAGUCUCAUGUAGUGACACCAUCUCCCUGGAAAAGCACUCGGAUAUUGCUGAGGAUGAUGUCAAAACUAAAGAGGAAUCCCUCGCAAUCACUGAGGACACUGAGAUAUGAGUAUACGCGGUCUGGGGUGGUAUUCCAGAAACAUCUUAAGUCAUUUCUUAAAUAUUUUCACUUAAGUUCAAAAUUACAAUGUUUUGUAUUUCUUUACUAAAUAAAGACAUGCAUGUUUUUUUUGGAAUUCCUCAAAUAACAUUGACAUAAUGAUGUAAUUUUGAUGUAAUUUUCGAUGCCUUAUUAUUGCAGUAUGAAAUGAAACACUUGACAAAAAGCAUAAAAUAAAAAGAAAAUUUGUUAGUUUCGGUGGAAUAUCGAUUUUAAUUCACUCGUGAUCAUAGAAAAUAUAUAUUUUCACUCGUGGCUGCGCCACUCAUGAAAAUAUAAUUUAAUAUAUGAUCACUCAUGAAUUAAAAUCUAUAAUCCACCGAAACCAACAAAUAUCCUCGAUGUUAUACCACCCCUGAGUAUGAUACGCGGUUUGGUGUUGUGAUCAUAAGGAUCUUCCUCAUAUGUUUUGUGAUACUGUUGAAAUAGUUAAUUACAAACAUAAUAUGAAACUCUUUUUGAGCAUACAUGGUUUAAAGGGUCUUUUUCACAGUUUCGGUAUUUUUUUUAAGUUUGUCAUUAAAUGCUUUACAUUGAUCAAUGUAAACAUCAGAAGUAACAAGUUCAUGUAGAAAACAAAAAUAAAAUUAAAGAAACAAAAAUGUUAUCCUGGGCUGGAACCACUGACCCUUGGAGUAAAAGUUUAUCAAUCAAACCACUUUGCCAUUCUUGCUCACUAAUAAUAGCAUGUAUGUGUUUUUUAUUCCGAAUAUAAGCAAUCCACAUAAUGUCACAAAAUAUAACAACAGAACUUUACAAAUUACACAAUUGUUUUCCGUUUGUAACGCUUUAUAAUUUUAAAUUCCUCAAAAGAUGCAUAUAAUGAAUAUUUAAGAGCAUAGUAAAUGCUCCAUAACUCUAACAAACAUUUGCUAAUCUUAAACAUUUUUUUAUAUAUUUUGUCAAUUAAACAAAACGUGAAUAGGUCCCUCUAAUACAUGUGCGUAAAGUGUCAUCCCAGUCACUUCCUUGAACAGAAAAUUCCAUAAAAGGGGAAAGUGUUGUUCCAUAUUAGCCUAUGCAGACUUUUAUAAUUCUAUAUUAACUGAUAUUUGAAAACAACCGAUAAUUUCAUUCAAAGAUCAUAGUGUGGUUUUGACAUUGUUUUUUUACAUAUGCAUAUUGCUUUAUUAUGAUUUAUUUACUUACCAGAGCAGAAAGUGACCUGUGCAAAAUAAAGGGCUCAAUGGAAAGCUUUUUCAGUCAGCGUUGAACAUUAUUGGGUACACUGCACUAGGGCUAGGUCAUUCAAAUUAGAUAAUUGUUUUCUGUUCCGUAUUUGCUGAAGAAAGAACUCAACAAUUAUAUUUAUGCUCCAUGCUCCAAUUUAAUGCUUCAAGAUAAAUAAUUUUACAGCAUUAAUAAAUUAAAUCCUUAUAUUUUUGUCAAUUUGAAAGAAGAGAAAGGGAAAAUACAAAAGUAGAGUGUUAAGUUAGAUCUUACUUUAAGUACUGUUCAUAUAGAAUGACAAAUUCAAAUAUCUUGCCAUUUAUUAUGCUGAGAUUGAAUCUGGGUCACAUGCAUCCAAAAACUAGGUCAAAUCCUAGAAAACACCUCUAAAAUCUCUAGUCAUAUAUGAAGCUUAUGUUGCAUGUGAGACAACCUGGCUCAGCCAUUACUUUGCCAUAUAUUACAUGUAACAACAGUCUCCCUCUAAGGUCAUAUUUGAAAAAUCAAAUUUGGCUACUAAACAGCUUAUUCAGACUAUAACUUUAUCAUUCCUCACUAUCCUAUAAGAUAAAUUAUCACUAAUGACAACCAUGAGGAUAUAGCAUUUCAUGUGUAAAACAUGUAUCUUUAUGGGAACCCAUACUCAGAGGUCAGGGUCACAGUAAGAGGUCAAAUUUUGCUAUUAUUCACUCUUUAAGAAUUUAACUUUUUACAACAACUUAGUACCGGUACAUAUGGCUACUAAUGAGGAGAGUGUCAUGUGUAUCACCUAUCUGAUUACCAUAAAGGUCAAACUUAGAGGUCAAAUGUCAACCUUGGCUACAUACAGCUUGUGCUUGACAUAAGCAGAGUGGAAUGUGAGGGAAUCAGUGCUUUAUGGACACAUUUCUUGUUCAUUUAGGUGUAUCGUAUAGUUCUGUUACCAAGUUCAUACCCUCAAUCAGGUCAUGUCAUCAACAAUUGAAAUCUGUGAACUCAGGUAAGCGUUUAAGUGCCAUCAAGGCCCUCUUGCUAUGUCACUUGUGUUAGUAUCAUAAAUAAUUUGUAUGUACCCACCACUAUAGUGGGGGACAUAUUGAUUUUGCCCUGUUUGUGGUUUGUUGCUUUGUUUGUUUGCGUAAAACUUGAACAUUGGCCAUUACUUUUGCAUUAUUGAAGAUAGCUACUUCAUAUUUGGCCUGCAUGUGUAUCUCAUGGAGCUGCACAUUUUGAUGCCUUGUUCACAGAUAAAUGAAAUCAAAAUUAACAACACAAAAAUAGUCAUAGAUUCAUAUUGUGUAUAUAAUGUAUUCAAACAAGCAAAAUAAUGUACCAGAUUAUAAAAAUGUUAUAACAAAAUAUCAUUUUCUUAAAAACACUCCAGUCAGUGUGUGUUCAGUAACAAAAAUAAAGCAUUUUUGAAUGCUUUUCAUUGAACAUAUGCAAACAUAUGUCUAUUGCUAACUAAGCGUUUAAGCCUUUCUCCAUCAGAAGCAAAGUGAAAAUGGCUUUUGCACCAGAAAAGCCUGCAAGUAACUCGCAGUCUGUUCCAAUUUUAUGCUGUUUGCUGCUCAUCAGUAUCUUUAAGUCUGAAAUGAAACCUCUAAAAUGUAUUCUAGUAAAGAAGAUUUUACAUUUACAUUUAAUUAGAUUUUUAAAGGUACUACAAACCAGUCAAAGUGCGUUUAUAAGGGGUAAAGGGUGUAAAGAUCCUGAUAAUUUCAAAAGUCUGAUUGAUCCAGGGGAAGAAAGUUAGAUUUUGCUUCCAUUUUCACUUAGAUAUGUAUUUUGAGGCAUUUGUAGCCCCUUAGAAAGUUACAUUUAAUUCAAGACCUUCUUUACUAGAUUCAAGUUGUAAAGGCUUCAUUUGCCACCAUUGGAUACUGAUGAGCAGCAAACAGCAUUGAACCUUAACAGAUUGCUAGUUACUCGCAGACUGUACUGGUUUUAUGCUGUUUGCAAAUAGCUGUUUUCACUUUUCUUCUUAAUGGGAAAGGUUUUAUGUCUGCGGUUUGAAUUCUGGGACGGCAAUAUUUUAUAUAACAUCUUUCUUGCUUAUUUGAUUAUUUAGAUUAUUCUAAGCAUAAUAUAUUUGUAUUUUGUAUACAUACAAAAACUGUGAACUAGUUCCUUUAAUAUACAUUCUUUUAUUGAACAUGUUCAAUUUUGAUUGAUUUUGUUCUUGUUUACUUAAAUUUAGAUAUUGUUUAUUAUAGAUGUACAUUCAUUGGUGUAGUAAGAACAAUGAAGCAUAAAACAAACAAUUCUGCUUAUUCUUUAGAUAUGUAUUUAAUAGAUAAAUGCUGUAUUGGUAAACAUGCUUACCAUAAACGUUAUUUUUUAUGCCCCUGAAGGAGGGCAUAUAGUGUUCGCACUGUCCGUCUGUCCGUCCGUCUGUCUGUCCAUCACACUUUGCGUUUAGUUUUAGAAAAAUGCUCAUAACUUCUAUGUCGCUUCAGAUGAAACAUUCAUAUUUGGAAUGCAUAUGUAUAUGGACAAGGCCUUUCUAUACACACACAAAGUUUGAACUUGAACUUAGGGACAGCAUUUAAGUUUCGAAAAAUGCGUUUAGGUUUCGAAAAAUGCUCAUAACUUCUAUCAAAGCGUUUAUCGGGGGCAUAUGUCAUCCUAUGGAGACAGCUCUUGUUAAUGGUGAUUUUAAACUUAAUGUCAGUUUGACUAAGUUAUCCAAUCCAUAUGAUAUUUCUGACAAAAAAACAGAAGUUUUAAGCAAACAAAAUAUAGCAAACAUUCAAAUAUAGUUAACAUUUUUAGCUUGACUAUUAUAUAUGAAAUAUAUAUAGUGGAGCUAUCCUACUCACCCCGGCGUCGGUGUUCCCGUGUCCGUUUGCGUGCAAAUGUUAAAGUUUGUGUAGUACCCCAAAUAUUUUCAAUGUCCUUUGACAUAUUGCUUUCAUAUUUUGCAUACUUGUUGACCAUCAUGACCCCAACCUAUAAACAAGACAAGAGCAGACAACAGUAUCAAGCAUUUUGACAGAAUUUUGGCCCCUUUUAUACUUAGAAUAUGCAUAUUAUUCAUAAAUCUGUGUUAAAGUUUGCGUACUACCCCAAAUAUAUCCUGUAUACCUUGACAUAUUGCUUUCAUAUUUUGCAUACUUGUUAACAAUCAUAACCCCAACCUAUAAACAAGAGCAGACAACUGUAUCAAGCAUUUUGACAGAAUUAUGGCCCCUUUUAUACCUAGAAUAUGCAUAUAAUUGAUAAAUCUGUGUUAAAGUUUGCAUACUACCCCAAAUAUAUCCUGUAUCCCUUGACAUAUUGCUUUCAUAUUUUGCAUACUUGUUAACAAUCAUGACCCCAACCUAUAAACAAGAGGAGACAACUGUAUCAAGCAUUUUGACAGAAUUAUUGCCCCUUUUAUACUUAGAAUAUGCAUAUUAUUGAUAAAUCUAUGUUUAAGUUUGACAAAACAACACUUACCUUACACACCACAAUGCACUCCACCCAAACCAUCCCCCACGCCUCCCCCCCCAGA